CUUUGCCAUCCAGUGGAGGUCCAUGGUCCUCCCAACGGCAGCAUCCCAUAUAAAGACGUGAGUGGUAGACGCGAGAAGUUGCUGCAUCCUCCGUCCCGCCUGCUGCAAUGAAGACAGACAUCCCGCCCAGAGCGGCGGUACCUUUCCCUCCGAUCCGCCAAGCCGGGUGCUGUCCUGGCAGGCAGCAGGAGCCCCAGCGACCGCUGAGAAAGAAAGUGCAGCCGCCGCAAAAUUUCUCCCACUCAUGGCCCAAGGCGGGAUUCCAGCUUGGGGGCCGCCGGCCGCAGCCCCGCCUGCUUGAGCCAAGGUUAACGGGCAGCUUGUGUGUCAGCGUGCUGGCUUCCGCCAAGCACUCGGACCGCACCGGGCAGCCGGACGGUAGCGCGGGGGAGUGCUUCUCGCUCAGCCUCACUCCCGAGGCCGUGCAGGUCAUCCAGAAGCGCAAUUUGGAGCGGCAGCAGCUGGCGGGCCGGACAAAGGAGAAGGCGGCGACUCGGUGUCCGGCCGCACCACCCUCGUCCGAUAUCAGGAAGCUGCUGAAAAUCUCGCUGCUAAACGACCAACACAAAUAUGACGACGUGGAAUAUGAGGAGGGCGACGGGCCGCCCGACCGCUCGGUCCUGCAGAAAUGUCUGGAGUGGCUGGAGGGAGUGGAGAGCGCUCGCGGGCCCGUGGGCAAGCUGGCAAGGUUACCCCAGCUGGCCAACUAGCUCAACAAGUUACUGCUGGCAUCAGGGACACUUUCCCAUGAACGUACUUCAAUCACUGUUCCAGCAAACCAAACACCUGGGACAACAUCAAUGGAGCCCUAAGGGGGCUCUUGAAUAAACUAUGUGAACAUCGGUGCCUCGAAAAACUAAUGGAUGUUUAGUGUGCAAGUAUUACCUGAAAGCUUCCGGAUUCAGAAAAUCUUGAGUAAUUGUGCAUUUUAACAUGUUUGGUUUUUUUUUAACUGCGACUGUGGGCUUGACAAUACUGGCACCAGAUGUUUACAUGACAUUACACCGGUUUCCAAUAACCAACUUCCAGAAUGAGCCUUUUCCCGCAUUUGCUUCAAGCGGGCAUGCACUGAAAAGGAGACUGGGGCGAAGUUUAUUUUUGUAGUUACUAUUUGCUGGCGACAUAUAACUGUACUCAAAUCUAAAAUUAGUUUUAAGUCAUGCAUACAACGAUUAUUGCAUAAAUUGUUUUCAUGUUUCAGCCUUUAAUAAAACUCAUUCCUUGUGUAUUCCUGGUAUUUUUCAAAUUGCUGAGAAUAAAAUUUUUGAAA